CUUGCGUUACUAGACGGGAACGGUGACGCGGCAAUAUUGGCGGUGCACGAGCGACAGAGAGGGCGGGCAGUCAGGAGGCGGCGCUACCGGAGCCGGGGCAAGACGUGAGUCGGGGAGCUGCUGCGAGGACAUGGCGGAGACCAUUAUAAUCCGUGUCCAGUCACCAGAGGGAGUGAAACGUAUCACAGCAACAAAGCGGGAAACAGCUGCAACGUUCCUGAAAAAGGUUGCAAAAGAAUUUGGCUUCAGAAAUAAUGGUUUUUCUGUGUACAUUAAUAGAAACAGGACUGGUGAGAUCACAUCUUCUCCCAACAAGUCACUCAACUUGUUAAAAAUCAAACAUGGAGAUAUGCUGUUUCUUUUUCCAUCAAGCCCAGCGGGCUCUUCCUCUGAGAACAUGGAUAUCUCAGUUUCUCAAGGAAUGCGUCAAGUGGGUGUUCCCCAGGUGGUAGAAGAUGAGAUUGAUCAGUACCUAAUAAAACAAGAUGGAAAGAUUUACAGAAACAGAGACCAGCAACUAUGUCGACAUGGCCCUCUGGGUAAAUGUGUGCACUGUGUACCACUAGAGCCUUUUGAUGAGGAUUAUUUAAACCAUCUGGAACCUCCUGUGAAGCAUAUGUCAUUCCAUGCCUACAUCAGGAAACUGACCGGAGGCGCAGACAAGGGAAAGUUUGUUGCCCUUGAAAACAUUAGCUGCAAGAUUAAAUCUGGAUGUGAGGGACAUCCCCCAUGGCCAGAAGGCAUUUGUACUAAGUGCCAGCCAAGUGCAAUCACACUCAAUAGACAGAAAUACAGGCAUGUGGAUAACAUCAUGUUUGAGAACCAUACAAUUGCAGAUCGCUUCUUGGACUUCUGGAGAAAAACAGGAAACCAGCAUUUUGGAUACUUAUAUGGGAGGUAUACAGAGCACAAAGACAUCCCUCUGGGUAUUCGAGCUGAGGUUGCUGCCAUCUAUGAACCCCCACAGAUCGGUACACAAAACAGUCUGGAGCUCCUAGAAGACUCAAAAGCAGAGAUUGUGGAUGAGAUUGCUGCCAAGCUUGGCCUGAGGAAGGUUGGCUGGAUAUUCACGGAUCUGGUCUCAGAGGAUACGCGGAAGGGGACUGUCCGGUACAGCCGGAACAAGGAUGCAUAUUUCCUAAGCGCAGAAGAGUGCAUCACAGCUGGGCAUUUUCAGAAUCAGCAGCCAAAUAUAUGCCGCCUGUCUCCAGAUGGUCACUUUGGAUCCAAGUUUGUCACUGUUGUGGCUACAGGGGGUCCUGAUAACCAAGUCCACUUUGAGGGCUACCAAGUAUCCAACCAGUGCAUGGCUCUAGUACGUGAUGAGUGCUUGUUACCAUGCCGUGAUGCUCCAGAACUUGGCUAUGCAAAGGAAUCCAGCAGUGAACAAUAUGUGCCUGAUGUGUUCUAUAAGGAUAUAGACAAGUUUGGCAAUGAGAUCACCCAGCUAGCUCGUCCUCUCCCUGUUGAGUACCUAAUCAUAGAUAUUACUACCACGUUCCCCAAAGAUCCAGUUUACACAUUUUCUAUUUCUCAAAAUCCAUUCCCUAUUGAAAAUCGUGAUGUGCUGGGAGAAACUCAGGACUUUCACAGUCUGGCUACAUAUUUGUCCCAGAACACCUCCUCUGUGUUCCUUGACAUCAUCUCUGAUUUCCAUCUGCUCCUCUUCUUGGUCACCAAUGAAGUUAUGCCUUUAAGGGAUAGCAUCAGCUUAUUGCUGGAGGCAGUAAGGACCCGGAAUGAGGAGCUUGCACAGACUUGGAAGAAAUCUGAGCAAUGGGCCACCAUCGAGCAGCUUUGCAGCACAGUUGGUGUUCAGCUUCCCGGACUCCAAGAAUAUGGUGCCAUGGGUGGCUCAACGCAUGCAGCAACCUCUUCCAUGUGGGCCUGUCAGCACUGCACCUUCAUGAACCAGCCAGGCACAGAUCAUUGCGAGAUGUGUAGCCUACCACGUAGCUAGGCCUCUCGUGGCUUGGCAUUCAGGGUGGCCCUUACAGACCAACUGGCAGAAAUACAGAGGCAAACCCUUAGCCAGGCGGGACUGUUCUUCCUCCUGGGAUGAUGUACCAUGAGGGGUGGGGCAGAACGGGCAAGGGAUGGAAGUGACCCAUAUGACGGGCACUCAGUGCCGUUCAGAGGGUGGCAGCUUGCAGCUGGAACUGGAUAUCCCAGUGGGAGACGAUGAUGAAGCCCCUCUGCCCAGCACUGCUGCCUUGUCUUUUCUUUGCUCUCAGUAUUGUAGAAAGCCAGAGGUCAUGUUUCCCCUUGAGCUGCAGUCACAGGGGUGGCUCAUCAGCUCUGUGGGCACAUGGCAGUGUGGCCAUGCCUCCCUGUUAGCUUGCAUGCCACAAGCUUUCCCCAGCCUUAAGCCAGUCAGUGAGGCUAGGCAGCAGCAUCGAAGGGAUGGAUUUGGUCCCCCAGGGCUAGCUUGCCUAAUGUUGUUCUCUUGACAUGUUUUGCAUUUAACCCCAGAGCCGCUGGGUCACUGGUGCCUGAGUCACUUCGGUCUACCCUUUAAUUACAGUUUCCAAAUUGAGUGACCUGCAAUGACAGAACAUAUAGUGGCUUUAGAGCCCCAGGCUAAGCCCCGGAGGACCUUGGCACUAGAAAGAGGAGAGAGCAUCCCUCUCAACUUGGUAAAGGUGUCUCUGGUUGCCUGUUGACCCUUUUCCUGUCCAGCUCAGCCAUAAUGACAGCAAAUUAAAGAGCUCUAUCAGCAGCUGUCUUUGGUGCUUCUCAUCUAGGGCCAGGCAACAGGGAGGAGUAUUCUCCCUCAAAUCAGGUAGUAGGGAACAAAUGGCUUCCUGGUCUGGAAGCAGAAACAAUCUCGGCAGCAUCACCCUGGCUGUGUCAGGGUUGGGCUGAUGGUUACUUGCCCCAGACCUCCAUACACUCUCUCCCCAUUAUGUUUAAAGCUGUUCCCUGGUAUCUGCAGUUGUGAGCAGCCAAAGCUUGCAAGUGCCUUCCUCAUGCCUUUUAGUGACUUGAAUAUCAUCCCAGCAAGGCAAAACGAAAUGGGGCAUUGGUUGGCAUCUUGAAACUUUGUCUUACUCCACCAUGAUAAGAGGCAUUUUGCAGCUGAGGCACCAGAAAUUCUCUUGCCUCAAGAACGCUAAUUUGCCUACUGGUCACAUAACCUCAUCCUAGCAGUGCCCUCAGACUCCUUAUUUCUUCUGUUGUGUGAGCAGCUCCUUUCACACCUGUACAGAGAUGUUUUCAUUAUCCAAAAAUUCCUAGCAUCUCUGCCAGCAGCUUUAUGCUAGGGCACAUUUGGUUUCUUGCUGUAGUAGUUCUGACAACUAGCCUGUUGUCAUCCAGGCAAAUCCAUCAACAUUAUUAUACAGAAAUAAGGCAUUCAUGUCAUCUGUUGGGUUAUGUGGUCAGAGGGCAUCCUCUUUCAGACCUUCCACGGUAUAUAUUUUUAGAUUCUCGCCACAGCAAAUUGUGCCUCCACCCCAGAUACCAGUUUCAUUUAUGGGCAUGUAGGCUUGGCUGUUGGACAGCUGCCACGAGGGAUGUGAUAUAUACUUUCCAUGGUAGAAAUAUUGGCCGUCGUCUGUCAGGUGUUUGAAAACACUUCAUCUGGCCCUUGUUAUUGCUGACAGGACAUGUGACUCUUCUUUCCUGGGUUUGCAUUUUGACUAGAUUUCUCUAGCUCACUGGGCUGUAGCCGCUCUUGCUAUUCCUCUUCGUUCUAUGGGUUGCAGAGGUGUGUGUUUGGUUUGGACUGGAGUUAACUGAAUAACAGCCCUGCAAAUAAAAAUCUAUUAAAAGCAUAUGAAA